UGGGACCCUGCAGCAGGACACGCCUCUGGGCUGAAUGGAGCGCGCCGUGCGUAAAGCCCGACCUCAGCCGACACACUUUUUAAAAACUUAAUUUAAGGUUUACAACCAUUUUAUUGUCAUAAUCGAUUCGUUUUAGUCGAUUAAAUGCAGCGAUGACGCGAGAGGAAGAUCUCAUCCGGAUUGCCAAAAAACUGGACAAGAUGGUGUCUAGAAAUAACACGGAAGGAGCCAUCGACCUGCUCAGGGAACUGAAAGGUUUCAAUAUGACACUGAAGCUACUCCAGGAAACGAGAAUUGGCAUGUCUGUGAACGGCAUCAGGAAGCACUGCACGGACGAGGAAGUCGUUGCUUUGGCAAAGGUUCUAAUUAAAGACUGGAAAAGACUUCUUGACUCGGGCCACUCUCACGCUGAUAAACCGGCAGAAAUGAGAAACGGUUUGGACUCCAGUAAGACAGAAACAUCUCCUCGCAGCUCCCCCUCUGAGACUCAGAGCAGUCACAGGAGACUGGAUGUCAAAUUAAAACAGGAUGCAGAACCUGACAAAACCGACUCGGAUAAAAACAGAAAAGAAAAACACAACGAGGAACACAAAAACAAAAAGAGACCCGCAGAUGAACAUGGCGAUGAAAAGCAACUGGAGGAGCCCCAAAAAGUGAAACAUCUGCUGGAGAUCAGACGAGAGACGCACUUAGAAGAACUGAAAAAACAAAUAGAUGCAGACGAUGACAAAGCAGAAAUCGACAACAAGAAGCCAAAGCAUGCUCACAACCUUCAGAGUGAGAAACACAUGCAGGAACCAAAGAGAGAAAGGCCGCUGGAAGAGCAAAAAAAGGUGCGACUAGUGGAGGAAGUGAAGAAAGAGAAACAGCCAGAGGAGGUGAAGAAGAUUAGCUAUGCAGACUACCUGAAGAAAGAGAGACACAGAGAAGAAAUUCGACAUGAGAGGCCGAUGAACACGAUGCAUCGAGAGCAACCGUCUUAUGAGAAACCAGCUGACGUUCAUAAGCCGUUAUUUGAAAGACGAGGAGUGUUGGACAGCAGCAUCUUAUAUCCCACAAGAUUCCCCUCUCCUCCUCGACCUGAACGACCUCCGUUGCUGAUCAAACGCCCUUCUCUGGACCAGAAAAAAGACAGGAAGGACACUAAAGACUCUUCCUCCCGGCUUCAUCGUCCUCAUGCACCUCGACCCACUGUUCCCCCGGCAAAGCGUCCUUCUCUGGAAGUAAAAAAAGAGAGGAAAUUCCCACCAGACCCAAAUGCUCCCAUCGCUCCUCUUCCUUUUCACCUCCACCCUCCUCCACCCAGAAAGGAGCCUCCUGACCCAAAUGCUCCUCUUCCUCCACUUCCUCUUCAUCUUCACCCCCCUCCUCCUGUGAAGCGUCCCUCUCUGGAUGGAAAAAAGGAGAGCAAGGAGUCAUCAGACUGUAAAGCUCCACCACAGAAGAAGACGUCAGAUCAAGAGGAAAAGAUCAUGAAGAAAGACAGGAAAGACUCAGCUGAUGGUAAAGUGCCAAAAAAACACUCAGAUGAAGCCAAAAGAGAAAGGAAAGAUUCAGGUGACUCUAAAGCACCUCCUCUGAAAAAGCCCAGUGUGGAUGUCAAAAAAGAGAAACACAGGAAAGACUCAAGCGACUCGAAGCCUGGCCAGCCUGUGAAACGGCAGUCCACAGACUCCAAACCUGACAGACGGGAGUCCACUGAUUCAAAGAAAAGCAGCUCGCCACCAGCAAAGAAGCUAACGUCUGAAAGGAGAGAAUCUCACGGCUCAAAGACCUCUCAGCCUCCAGUGAGGAAACCCUCCACUGACAGCAAUGAAAGAAAGGGCAAGAUUGACACCCCUAAAUCUCCCACCACCCCGACCAGCCCCAUGUCACCCAGCUUCAGCUCUGCAGGGGGUCCUCUAUCUCCUCACCUCACAACUGGAGACUCAGUCAGAGACAAAUGCAUCGAGAUGCUGGCAGCUGCUCUGCGCACAGACAAUGACUACAAAGAUUUUGGAAGCAAUUGUGACAGCAUGGCUGCAGAGAUUGAAGAUCAUAUCUACCAGGAGAUCAAGGCCACAGAUAUGAAAUAUAAAAACAGGGUCCGCAGCCGCAUCAGCAACCUAAAGGACCCCAAGAACCCUGGGCUCCGCAGAAACGUCCUCGCAGGAAGCAUUGACCUGAGGCGCAUUGCUUCCAUGUCUGCUGAGGAAAUGGCGAGUGAUGAGCUGAAGCAGUUGAGGAACGUUCUCACUCAGGAGGCCAUCAGGGAACACCAAAUGGCCAAAACUGGAGGCACAACCACUGACCUGCUGCAGUGCAGCAAGUGCAAAAAGAAAAACUGCACCUACAACCAGGUGCAGACCCGCAGUGCUGAUGAACCAAUGACCACAUUUGUUCUGUGUAAUGAGUGUGGUAACCGCUGGAAGUUCUGCUGAUGCCUCCAGGAGAAACAUGGUUUUAUUUUUCUGAACAUAUUGAGCUACAUCUUUUCUAUAAUGGGAGGAAGGGGGUUUAUAAAUUAUUUGAAGCUUGUGAUUUUAAGAGAUAACAGUGUUCUUACAAUUUUUACUUGAAUUUUUCAGAUUUUUAAGCAUGUGCCAUAAUUCAGGGUUUGCUUUCUGUGGAACUGAAGACUGAGUUUGAGUUUUAAGUUUGAUGAUUGUUGGAACAAUAAAUAAUGAUCAAGGUGCUGCAACUAUUCAGAAACUAACCAGUUAAUACACUGUGUCAUAUUACAGCUGUUCACUUUGCACAUACAUAAUUCCAAUAAAAUGACUUAAAUCUUGAGCAUGAGGGCUUUUUUAAACUUUGGUUUAAAAAAAUAAUUGCAAAUCAGUCCAAUGCACUCACUUCUGACAUCAAAACUGUGUUGUAGCACACACAGGAUGAAUUAAUUUUUUAUUAACUAUGGAUGGAUUCUUAUUGUACCCUCGGCACACACAGCUCUUUUUCCCUCACUCCAGUGGCUCUCUGAUGCUUUCUAAAUAAAAAAGAAAACCCUUGUUUUUUAAAUUAAA